UCCCGCCCCACGUAGCCAUUUUGCGUUUCCUGGACAAAAAAAAGGGAUUUGAUAGAAAGACAACCAGGAACAGAAUUGAUUUAUAGGUCAACAAACCGUCCAGAUAAUCUUAAACUCGGAUGUAACGCUGCAAUAUGAUAGAGGCGGGAGCGGGCGAGCAGGUACACCAGCCGCGGCCCGCAUUCGAAGUGCAAACAGUUGGCUAACUUGCUAACGAACCGUUAGCGAGACAUAAAGAGUUCAUAGACAUGCAUGAGUUUUAAGACAUUCGUAGUUGUCGUUUUUAGUUCUGUUGCACACGGGACGUCGAUAGAAAUAUGGACAGCGUGUCGGUCUGAAACGUCGCAGCGGGCAACGACAACAAACGGCGGUUAUUUGCGGAGAAAGCCGGAUAACUGUUUAUUCGCAGGGAAUAAAAAGGAGAAUCGCGGCACGCCACGGAUCCAGUCAUGCCGGCCAGUGUGCGUACCGGAACCCUGAAGGACUCCGAGGUGUCUGAGCUCUUCUACAGAGAUGAUCCUGAGAAGCUCUUCACUGAUCUCAGAGAAAUCGGUCACGGCAGCUUUGGAGCCGUAUACUUCGCUCAUGAUGUGCGUUCCAAUGAAGUGGUGGCCAUCAAAAAGAUGUCGUUCAGCGGAAAACAGUCCAAUGAGAAAUGGCAGGACAUCAUCAAGGAGGUGAAGUUCUUACAGAAGCUCAGACACCCCAAUACUAUCGAAUACAAAGGGUGCUACCUCAGAGAGCACACGGCAUGGCUGGUGAUGGAAUACUGUUUAGGAUCAGCCUCUGAUCUUUUAGAGGUGCAUAAGAAGCCUCUGCAGGAGAUGGAAAUAGCUGCUAUUACCCAUGGUGCACUAGAGGGCCUAGCGUAUCUUCACUCUCAUAACAUGAUACAUAGAGAUGUGAAGGCGGGGAAUAUUCUGCUGACUGAGCCUGGUCAGGUAAAGCUUGGAGAUUUUGGCUCCGCCUCUAUCGUUUCUCCUGCCAACUCUUUUGUGGGCACACCAUACUGGAUGGCCCCAGAAGUGAUCCUAGCCAUGGAUGAGGGGCAGUAUGAUGGGAAGGUGGACGUCUGGUCUCUAGGCAUCACCUGCAUUGAACUAGCUGAAAGGAAGCCACCCUUGUUCAAUAUGAAUGCUAUGAGUGCCUUAUAUCAUAUUGCACAAAAUGAAAGCCCUGUCCUGGCAUCAAACCACUGGUCAGACUACUUCCGGAACUUUGUGGAUUCUUGUCUUCAAAAGAUCCCUCAGGACAGGCCUACCUCAGAUGUGCUGCUCAAUCACCAUUUCCUGUGCCGAGAGCGCGCCCAUUCUGUAGUGAUGGACCUGAUCACGCGCACCAAAGAUGCCGUGCGAGAGCUGGACAACCUGCAGUACAGGAAAAUGAAGAAGAUCCUCUUUCAGGAAACUCACAACGGGCCCACACAGGAGGGAGGAGAGGAGGAAGAGGAGGCAGAGCAAUACAUAUUGCAGACGGGCACAGUGAACAGUAUGGAAAGCUCUCAGUCUGUGCCCUCCAUGUCCAUCAGCGCCAGUUCCCAGAGUUCAUCGGUCAACAGCCUUGCUGACGGUUCAGACGACAGCACGGAGAUGGCCAUGAUGCAGGAGGGAGAACAAACCGUUACCUCCAACAGCUCAAUAAUUCACCGUCCCACUGCUCGCGAUAACAUCUACGAUGACCCGUAUCAACCCGAGAUGGAGUCGCAACAGCUGCAGCCGUCAUCGGCCGCUCGGAGAAGGGUUCACCGGAACCGAGACCAUUUUGCAACAAUUCGUACAGCCUCUCUGGUGACCCGUCAGAUACAGGAGCAUGAACAGGGCUCGGCUCUGAGAGAGCAGAUGUCUGGAUACAAGCGCAUGAGGAGGCAACAUCAGAAACAGCUGCUGGCUCUAGAGAACAAGCUCAAGUCUGAGAUGGACGAACACCAGCUCAGACUGGACAAGGAGCUGGAGACGCAGAGAAAUAACUUUGGCAGUGAAGCUGACAAGCUGAGUAAGAAACAUCAGGCCAUCCUGGAAAAAGAGAUCAAAGCCGCUCAGACCGAAGAGAAGAAGUUUCAGCAGCACAUUCUUAACCAGCAGAAGAAGGAACUCAACAGCUUGCUAGAUUCUCAAAAACGACAGUACAGACAACGCAAGGAGCAGCUGAAAGAGGAGCUGAGUGAGAACCAGUCCACACCGAAGCGAGAGAAGCAGGAGUGGUUAGUGCGUCAGAAGGAGUGCAUGCAGCAGAUCCAGGCCGAGGAGGAGGCGGGCUUGUUGCGGCGACAGAGGCAGUAUUACGAGCUCCAGUGCCGUCAGUACAAGAGGAAGAUGCUUCUGGCAAGACACAAUCUGGAACAAGACCUGCUCAGAGAGGACCUGAACAAGCGUCAGACGCAGAAAGAUCUGGAGUGCGCAAUGUUACUGAGACAUCACGAGUCCACUCAGGAGCUUGAGUUCAGGCAGCUGGCGCUGGUCCAACACACUCGGGCCGAGCUGAUCCGCACUCAGCAUCAGAGUGAGCUGGCCAAUCAGAUGGAGUACAAUAAGCGUCGCGAGCAGGAGCUCCGCCAGAAACACGGCGUGGAGGUUCGCCAGCAACCCAAAAGCCUGAAGACGAAAGAGCUGCAGAUCAAACGGCAGUUCCAAGACACUUGUAAGAUUCAGACCAGGCAGUACAAAGCCCUGAGGAACCACCUGCUAGAGACCACGCCUAAAUCAGAGCAUAAAAACGUACUGAAGAGACUCAAAGAGGAGCAAACACGUAAACUGGCCAUCUUGGCUGAGCAGUACGACCACUCCAUCAAAGACAUGCUGUCCACACAGGCUGUGAGUAAGUUGCGAUUGGAUGAGACGCAGGAGGAUGAGUACAGAGCUCUGCGCAUGCAGCUGCAGCAGGAGUUGGAACUGCUAAACGCAUAUCAAAGUAAAAUCAAGAUGCACACAGACACGCAACACGAGAGAGAGGCCAAAGACCUGGAGCAGAGGGUGUCCAUUCGAAGAGCUCUUCUGGAACAGAGGAUCGAGGAGGAAAUGUUGUCUCUACAGAACGAGCGGUCCGAGCGGAUCCGUGCUCUCCUUGAGCAUCAAGCUCGAGAAAUCGAGUCUUUUGACUCCGAAAGCAUGCGUCAGGGCUUCAGCAAUAUGGCUUUGAGCGGAAUACCUGCCGAGGCUUACAAUCAAGGUUACCCCAACCCUCCCUCCUCAGGGCCUGGUGGAUGGCCAUCCCGUCCCGUGCCACGCUCGGGCAGCCAGUGGAGCCACGGGGUCCAAAACUCAGCUGCGCCGCCCUCCUGGCGAAGUCAGAACAGCACAGCAGGUUACAGCCGAGCAGAACAAGUCUCCAUUCGCGAGCGAGAUCGAGAGAGGGAUUUGGAUGGAAUGGUUGCCCGUGGCCACCCUAGCUCACGCUCCUCUGCGUCGUCGUCAUCCUCGUCCGCACACCAUCAACUUCGCUACGUGCCGCAGCAGUUCCACCACCAUAGCACACCUCAAUUGUACCGCGACAACCGAGAGAGAGAUUGGGGGGGAGGAGGAGGAGGAGGGGGGGGUGGGAGUUACCACUCAUCAUCAUCAUCCUCCUCUCAUGGGCACUCUCAUCACUUCUCCUCUCAUGCCUCAUCCCAAUCCCUUGCCCUUCUUCCUCCACCACCACCUCCUCCGCCCAUUUUGCUCUCCUCGUCCUCUCCACCCUCCUCCUCCUCGUCUUCCUCCUCUCAGGGUGGCUAUGGAGGAAGGGGCGAGGGGCUGGCUGUGAGGGGCCCCAGUCUGCUGGCUCUUAGGAACAGUCCAGGGCCCCUUCGGAGGACCGCCUCGGGCGGAGGCAGUGGGCCGGGUGGGGAUGGAGGCUUGAGUCGGAGUACGUCGGUGACGUCACAUAUCUCCAACGGAUCCCAUCUCUCUUACUCGUAGAGGGGCAGGCAGGGAGUUCAGAUGGAGCAGUUCAAUGUUUUCGGAGGGGGAAAUAGUUUUAAGUGUUCACCUUCAGAGAAUAAAAGAGAGGUGUAUUUGUUAGCGUUACGAGAAUGAAGACCUUCAUUUUAGGUCAUUUAAGCAUUUAACAGAGUGGACCACUUUAAACUUUUAGAUGGGAACACCUGUACUUACAAGAAGAACGAUCUCAGGGUGACUGGGAUUGGGAUUCAAGAGGGCUCAGGGUUUAGAUCAGGAGCAGAAAAGAGAGGAAGAUUUUGUACCGUAAAUGUACAGAAGGGUUUACCGUUGAGUGUAUUGGAGAGAAGGGAUUGAAAUAACAUGAGUGGUGCCAAUACUGUAGAUCGGACUCAUUAUCUGCUGGUUCUUUUGCUUUUACUUUACAUUGAAAUUGCCAAACAAAUCCAUUAAGUUUUGCACUUUUAAGAUAAUUGCCUUCACGUCAAAUGGCUUUUCAUUUGGGCUUCAACACCGUAAGGCUGUUUCCAGCUAUUAUAUGAGGUUUUGGCUGGAUCACUUAAAGCCUAAUUCAGUGCAAUUUGAAUUUAUUUGUUUUCUUCCAGAAAGGUAUUGUUUUUCCCCAAAAUAUUUUUUUCAUUAUUUACUCAAGUCAUGAAACGAGUUCAUGUUUACAUUAGCUGUCGUCCAUCUGCACUAUAUAUUUUGAGUCUUUUGAAGCCAUAAGAAAAUUCUGCCAUCAUUUGCUCACCUCUUGUCACUUUAAACCUUUGACUUUCUUUCUUCCAAAGAACACAAAAGAAGAUACUUUGAAAAUAAUUGCUAACCAAACAGCGCCAACACCCAUUCACUUCUAUUGUACGGGCACGAAACCAAUGCAAGUGAAUGGGGGCCAGUUAACAACAUUCUUUCAAAAAUCGUCUUUCAUCUUCUGCAGAAGAAAGAAAUUCAAACAGGUUUAAAAUAACAAGAAGGUGAGCAAAUGAUGAUAAAAUUUGUAUUUUUUAGACACUUUAAGGGAAAACAUUAGUUAGAGUAACAUUAGAGUAAAUUCCCAUCUGCUGAGGCUUAUACAUUUCUUUCUAGGAUUUUUGUUGCACUGUUUUAGUGUCAAUUUUAUUAAGCCCGCCAUUAACGUGCCAUUUUAUUAACAUUCAUACUGUUUCUUCAUUUUGUAUACAUCCUUUGUAUGGCUUCAGAAGAUUUAAAAUAAAGCUCAUGGGGUCACAAAUGACAACAUGCAAUGUUUUAUAAUGCUGUUUGGAGCUUUAUACAGUGACCAGUUAUGUUGUUUGGUACAGAUUCGGAAUGUUUUCUUUUGCGAUGCAUGGCAAGAAAUUGCAUGUGGGUUUGGAAUCAAUAAUGACCGUAUCUUAAUUUUUAGCUAAACUGCAAAGUCUGUGAGCCAAGAGAUGAUGAGUCCUAAUAUCAGAUUUACUGCAAUGAGAGCAGCGAGAUUCGAGUCGGAUGCAAUAGAAAGGUGCUGUAGCAUGUGCAUAAACUUGUUUCAGGGAAAAGAGAUGUAAACUGAGGAAACCGCAAUGUUUUUUUAUUGUAAUUAUGUAUAUAGUACUAAAACAAUACUAAAAGAACAUCCAUCACUAAGGGGUUUUAAACUGUACAUUAUGAUUGAGUCAAAGACAGGAGGCCGUUUUUUAUUUUGAAAUUAUUUUGUAUUCUGUUUUUUUUUUUAAACGAUGCCACACUUCAUACUGCCACCUAGAGGCUCGGCUGACCUACAGCAACUCCGCCCACUGUCCUUCUAAGGGGAAGCCGCCAUUUAGUUUUAACUGGGCUGUAAUUCAAUGUCAGUUUUUAGUGAUAAGUGUGAUGACUUUUUAAGAGAUUGACCCGGCUAGGGAACAAGCCAUCUCCUUGAUUCUCUAUAAAUGCAGACUGUGUAAAUAUGAUGUUCAUGUCCGUAGGAGAGUCGAGGUUACAGAUCCGUGCAUGAGACUUAUGUACAGAGACCAUUUGUAUACAAACAUACAUGACAGACGUUUAUAUAUGACUUGAGUAAAUAUGUGUAUAAUCACCUGUCAAAGGUUUUACAGGAAAGUCAUACGAUUGUUCCCAUUAAACACUUUUGAUCUAUAUUGUACUUAUACAAUCUGUGUGUAUAUACAAGCACUAACUCCUGUAUAGCGUAAUAAUAAUUUUGCUAUGUGAAUUGGAGAGACGGAGAAUAGAAAAUGUUGUUGUUAUUACACUACUACUGCCGCUGUAAUAUUUGUGUUGUACACUAAUUUUUUUCUACUUUUUCCUUUUGAAACGUUUAUGUUUAAUCGAUACUUACAAUUAGGCAGGAAAUGUUGGCAGUGUCACAGUAAGAACCUUAAGUCUCAUUUUAGAAGAAAAAAAAAAAGAUUAAAAGACUACCUAUCCCAGCAUUCCUUGUUGCAUCUCAGGGUAGGAGUCUAUUGUGCAGUGAUUUGUCAGGAGAGUAGUAUUUUAGAGCCAGUAUUAAACUUGUACAGAGAACAUUUUAGCUGUAUAGAAAAUUUCUAGGCAAGUGUCUCAAACAACCCCCUCCAAUCCAGCACGUUUUCCUCCCAUUUUCUGCCGGAAUGCAUUGCUUCGAUCGCAUAUUCAAUCUUUAAUUACAACAAAACAGGUUAAAGGCAACGCAAGCUGUUUUCAACCAAAAUCUUCAGUGUAUUCAUAUACGGUGAUAAAGGCACAUGUUGCCAAUGAUGAUGUAUUCCCCAGGGAAAACUCUUACGUGUUCCCACACUGCCAGCUCUAUUUAAACACCAGCGUUCACUAGGACCGUCUUUAUCGCUCUUCUUAACAAAGAAGAUGUGCAGUACCUCAUUUCCCUGUGCCUGGCCAAUCACCUCUUACUCCAUUUCAGUGUUCUCUUCCUCUAUCAAUCUUGCACACCUUUUCUUUUUUCAGCCCCAUUUACAGCAUUACGUGUCCAUAAUUGCUUGCUAACAUUUAUGGACCGAGUAGGGGGAAAUAUACACCUCGGCCCACCUGUAGCUCUGGGCCACCAUGUGAUGUGUUAACAGCAAAACAUGCUGGAUUCUUAUUGGUGUAUCUUCUUAAGAGGGGUUGUUUUAAUAUCUUUUGGUAGAGACUUGUGAUAGAAAUAUAUGAAAUUGUUGUCAUCCUGCAGUGUUUGAGAGAGCCAUGAGGGUUGAGGUGUAACUGUGAUCACAGAUAUCUGAGUGUGUCUGUAUCCGCUGUGCUGCAAUUUAUUGCAAAAUUGAUUUAUGAUGUUUGAAGCUGUUGGAGAGAGUGGUUGUUCAGAACUGUAGGCUCAGAUAAAGGCCAAAUUACAUUCAGGUGAAACGAGUACAGAAAAACUCAUGGGCUAAAGAACUUGUACAGUAAAUGAUUAACAAGUUAUUAAAAAUGAUACAAAAAUGA